GCAGGAGCAGAGCACAGGCAGCGCACGCGCCACGCUCACCCCACCACCACCACGACCAGCGCCCACGCCCACACGCGCACCCAGCUCCUCCCUUCUCCCUCCUCCCCACACCUCACUUCACCUUCCCAAAGUGCAUCUUUCUCUUUCGCUUUGCAUGUCAACGCGAACAAAAAGAGCCUCCUCUUCCACCUCCACCACCACCGUCUCCUCCGCACGAACCUUCCUCCCCACCACCACCACCACCACCCCUCUGCCUCUGCGCCUCCACUCACUCGGGCGCCAGAUAUAAAGCCGGCGACCUCACUCGCACCGCCAGCGCCAGCUUCUUCCACCCGCUUCUUCUGUAUUUUCUCCUCUGUUCGGUCCAAGAUCUUGGAGCUGGCGGACAUGGCGGCGGCGGUGGCUUCGAGCGGCGGUAGGAAGCGCAAGUGCGAGGAGCUGUCUGCGCCUGAGCUUGGGCAGCUCCACGAGGACAUGCUCGAGCGCGUCCUCGCGCGCCUCCCGCCCGCCAGCUUCUUCCGCCUCCGCGGCGUGUGCCGGCGCUGGCGCGAGGCCGCGGGGUCGCCUGCCUUCCUCGCCGCCUGCGCGCGCGUCCCCGCCCGGGACCCCUGGUUCCUCAUGCUGUCCGACCAACAGGAGGAGGAGGAGCCGCGCCCUCCCUGCCCCGCCGUGGCGUUCGACGCCGCCGAGAAGACCUGGGCGCAGUGCCGUGCCGCCCCUGGCCCCGUGCCGGUGGCCGCGGCGGGCGGGCUCGUGCUCUACCGCGCGCCUGAAACCGGCGCGCUCACCGUGGCCAACCCGCUCAGCGGCGUCUCCCGGGCGCUCCCGCCGCCGCCUCCGGCCGCAACAGACGCGCUCUACGCCGUGGCCAUGUACGGAUCACCCUACCGCGUGGUCCUCAUCCUGGGCGAGCUUCCGCACCUGUCCAUGGCGGUGUUCGACUCCUCCAAGAACGCGUGGGAGGACGCCGUGCCUCUGUCGCGCAAGACAGAGGCCUCGCCCGCGGACACGCGAGCGCCGCACGACGACGACGACAUUGACGAGGACAUGGACGGCGACGGCGACGGCGCGGUCUAUUACCUGAGCAAGUCCGGCGACGUGAUGGUGUCGAGCACGCAGCGCAGCGCGUCGAGGCAGUACUCGUCGGCCGUGACGUGCCGCAGCGACGGCGGUGAGGCCGUGGCCUACUUCCUGAGCCACUCGGGCGCGGUGGUGGCGUGCGACCUGGCGCGCCGCGUGUUCGCCGAGCUCCCGCGGAUCCUGCCGGUGCACUUCGAGUACUCGAUCGACGUGGUGGCGUGCGGCGGCCGGGCCUACGUGGUGGUCCUCUCGGAGUACCUGGACACGGCGAGCCUGCGCCUCUGGGAGUUCUCGGACGGCGCGUGGCGGCAUGUGGCCGCGAUGCCACCGGCCAUGUCGCACGCCCUGUACGGCAAGAAGGCGGACGUGAACUGCGUGGGGCACGGCGGGCGCGUGAUGGUGUGCGUGAGCUCCGGCGACGCGGGCGCCAACGGGUGCUUCAUGUGCGACGUGGGGAGCAACGCGUGGGAGGAGCUGCCGCGGUGCGCCGGCGGCGACGGCGAGGCCAUGGACUUCGUGGCCGCCUUCUCCUUCGAGCCGAGAAUGGAGGCCGCCGUCUGACCGGAUCCCCUCGCCGUUGCUUCCGAUUGAUGUGUGUAGCGUAGUGUAGCGUACGUGGUAGUGGUCGUAGUAGUAGUACGAUGAUUUGUUGCAGUGGUAAUUCGGGAGAUGUUUUCAUGGAGAUCAAAUCAGCCGUCUGUCUGUCUCCUGGGACGUGCGCAUGUGUCGCCAAUUCUGUAGCUGCCACCGGCUUCCGUAGUUUUUCUCGAUUCCCGUGCCGGCGGCAGAGCUCAGUGGCGAGUGGCGACUGACUGCUCUUCUCUUAUUUCCUUAACAAGCAAUUGACCAUUC